AUGGCUCAAAACGAAGAAGGAAGUAAUAGCAAGGAACAAGAUCGUUUGUUGCCUAUAGCCAACGUUGGUCGAAUAAUGAAACAAAGUUUACCAACAAACGCAAAAAUCUCAAAAGAAGCAAAGGAAACAAUGCAAGAAUGUGUGUCUGAGUUCAUCGGAUUUGUGACCGGUGAAGCAUCGGAGAAGUGCCGGAAAGAACGCCGGAAAACGGUGAACGGCGACGACGUUUGUUGGGCUUUGGGAACUUUAGGGUUUGAUGAUUAUGGUGGUGCAAUGAAAAGGUAUUUGCAUAGAUAUAGAGAGAUUGAAGGUGAGAAAGUAAAUCAAGAAAGAGUUAGUAAUAAUAGUGAAGAAUUGGAAGGAGGAGGAUCUCAGCCAAGAAACUACAAUCUUGAUUAA